AUGGCUGAGACUAAUGAAUGGAUUGAUGAGCCAACCUCUUCCUACGGUGACGAGGACAUGGCAUAUCUGUGUCUUAUGGCCAAAAUUCAGGAGAUAAAAGACUCAUUCAAGGGAACUUUCUCUACUGUUGCUAUAGAUGUGCCUUCUACCUCCAAGGAUGCCAAAGAUCUGGUCAAACCAAAGAAGGUAAACAACUUCUUUUCUCUCUCUGAAUCUGAAAAUGUUCAAGCUUAUGAUUCUUUAUCUGUUGAUCUUUACUAUGCUAGAUCUGCUAAAAAGAAAGCUGACCUUGAAAUCAAAAGUCUAACUAGGCUUAGACACCGACAUGUAUGGUACUUGGAUAAUGGAUGUUCAAGUCACAUGACUGUAAACAAGUCCCUGUUGAUCAACUAUGUGUCUGAACAUGGUCCUUCUAUAACCUUUGGAGAUAAUGCCAGAGGUAUUACUAAAGGAUAUGGUGUUCUUUCUAACGGCUCAGUUACCUUCAACCGGGUAGCUUAUGUGGAUGAACUGAAGCACAAUCUACUAAGCAUCAGUCAACUAUGUGAUCUCAACUUCUAA